AUGGGUUUCAGCCAUAUAUGGAGAGGGUGGAUUAAGGAGUGUGUCUGCUCUGCGUCUAUGUCGGUUUUGAUAAAUGGGUCCCCCACUAAGCCUUUCAAGAUGGAAAGGGGACUACGACAAGGAGACCCUUUAUCGCUGUUUCUGUUUGUGCUAGUUGUUGAUGUGCUACAUAGGAUGAUUAGGGAGGCAUUGAGGAAUGGCCGCAUCUAUCCACUUUUGGUUGGAAGGGAUAACAUUGAGUUGUCGCACUUACAGUUUACAGAUGAUACCAUUCUCUUCUGUCUUACUGUGGAAGAGACUAUCAGGAACUACAAGCGAUUGUUACGUUGCUUUGAGUUGAUGUCGGGGUUGAGUAUCAAUUUUGAGAAGUCUAGCUUCAUUCCGGUUAACAGUGAUCAGCAUUGGGCGCGUAAGAUGUGUCAGUUGCUGCGAUGCAAGGAGGAGUCUCUACCAGUCCGAUAUCUUGGCAUUUCUCUUGGAGCAAACUCGAGGCUUGUGAAGACUUGGAAACCGGUGAUUGAUAAGGUGGAAGACAAGUUAAGUCUGUGA